GGGUGACACAUCUCAAUGGAUGGGCCGUUGUGACAGUGAGGGUGCUGCAGAUUGAUGCUGUGACUCUGCUUCUCUCAGCCGCUGUCAAAGGCUAUGGUGUGUGCAGAUCUGAGAGGACAAGAGGAAUCAGUGGCAAUCUUGGAUGGAUAAAGAGAUUCUGACAGAAGGCUUCAGUUUUACUUCCUGAAGAGAAUAGUCCUUCUUCCCAAAAAGCUGGUGCACUUCUGUGGAGAGGCCAUGGAUUCUUCCUGAAGAGAGAGUGCUUGCUGGUGCGUUUGACAGGUGUGUCUGUGCAUUUGAUGAUACCUGCCUUGGAUCUGUAAAAGUGAAACAACAAAAUCCAGAACAACCAUGACUGAGGCUUCCUGAAUCAUAUACACCUCUAAGACUACAAACAGGAAGUAUUAAACUCGGGGCUGCUGACGAGGAGCUGCUUGGCCUGGGGAGCUGCCAGGAACACGAUGCCCUGCCCUGCUCUCGGCCUUGGGAAGCUGUGAGUUGCUCAUGUCCAUAAGGAGGAAGGAUGGCUCAUGGAAUUCCUUCACAAGGCAAAGUUACCAUAACGGUGGAUGAGUACAGCUCCAACCCGACGCAGGCCUUCACGCACUACAACAUCAACCAGAGCAGGUUCCAGCCUCCGCACGUGCAUAUGGUCGACCCUAUCCCAUAUGAUACUCCAAAACCAGCGGGCCACACGCGAUUUGUCUGCAUCUCAGACACACACUCCAGAACAGAUGGCAUCCAGAUGCCUUAUGGGGACAUCCUUCUCCACACGGGCGAUUUCACCGAGCUGGGACUGCCCUCAGAGGUUAAGAAGUUUAAUGACUGGUUAGGAAACCUGCCUUACGAAUAUAAAAUAGUGAUUGCUGGGAAUCAUGAACUGACAUUUGAUAAGGAAUUCAUGGCAGACCUUGUUAAACAAGAUUACUACCGCUUUCCUUCUGUGUCCAAAUUGAAACCAGAGGACUUUGACAAUGUUCAGUCGCUCCUGACAAAUAGUAUUUACUUACAAGAUUCAGAAGUAACAGUUAAAGGAUUCCGGAUAUACGGUGCCCCAUGGACACCGUGGUUUAAUGGAUGGGGCUUUAACCUACCCAGAGGUCAGUCUUUGCUAGACAAGUGGAACCUUAUCCCUGAGGGCAUUGAUAUACUAAUGACACAUGGACCUCCCCUUGGUUUUCGAGACUGGGUUCCAAAAGAGCUGCAGAGAGUUGGUUGCGUGGAACUGCUAAACACAGUGCAGAGGCGAGUAAGGCCCAAACUCCAUGUCUUUGGUGGGAUCCAUGAAGGUUAUGGCAUUAUGACAGACGGUUACACAACGUACAUCAAUGCUUCAACGUGUACAGUCAGCUUUCAGCCAACCAAUCCUCCAAUUAUAUUUGACCUUCCAACCCCUCAAGGAUCAUGAAGGACUGCUGCACGUUUGGAACUGGGGAAGGUCUAUAAACUGCCAUUUUCUAAUUACAAUACUUACAUUCUGUUACAUGUUUAUUUCAAAAUUCUUGUGGGGGGCAUUUUUGGGGGGGAAUUGUGGGGGUUUUGUUUUGGGGUGGGGUUUUUUUUAGUAAAUUGCUGGUGCAACGAAACAAGAAGAAAAGUUAGAGGUUGUGCUUUUUGGAAAUGCAGCAUUCAUUUUAAAUUGAAAAGGUAUUGUGAAUUUGUAAAAUUAAUUUUGUUUUUCAAUAAACCUGCCAUUGUAAAUUGUUAUAGUGUUCUCAAAAGGACAGCCAAGCUUUCUUUUAAGAAGUGAGAGACCUUAUUUUAGUACUAUAAGAUAAGCUAAAAAAAAUAGGCAGCAUUUAAAAACACCCAAAUUUGCACAACUUUUGUUGUUGUCGGGUUUUUUUUUUUAAAUGUCUUCUUUUGACUAUGGUCUAAGUGUUAGCUUUUCAUCUCUCCAUUUAUAUCCUUUCUUCUUUCUUUUUUUAUUUUCUUUAUAGCAUACACAAGACUUUGGGGUCCAUUUGCCUCUUGAUAUGUGUGCGUGUGCUGAAACUUCUUUCUGUUCACAGUAGAAUGCAGCAAGGGGAGAAUAGACUUCUCAGUUGUUGGUUUGUCACUACCUGCUUUAUACGUUAAAGAAUGGUAUAGAUAGCCACAGUCUGUGUGUGAUAUCUGCCUUUUAUUGUUUGUUUUUAAAUUAUUUUAGCUUUAAAAAACUUGGGAAUGAAAGCUGCAAAGAGCAAGCGUUUAAUGCAGUAAAAAAAUAAUGUAAAUGCGGACUCCUUUUAAAUAUGAAUUUAUAUAUAUAUGUAUUUUUUUGUGCAUUAUAACUAAGGUAGGAUUUAAUAUUGCCAGUAUAGCACCUGCAAAAUUAUGCUGUACAGCACAUCUAAAUUAUGAAGGAUGUGACCCAUUUUCCAAGUGCUCAAGGCCUUCCGGAGCCUGAGUUCAAUCUUUGUUGUAGUUCAGGCAUGUAUAGAGUCAAAUGGAUACAAUCAAGCCUAACUAAAAUAAGGCUUAGUUGUCCUUUAUAUUUAAAUAUUCUUCUUGUCUUUUUUAUUUCCUUUUUCUUAUUUUGCACUGUGUGUAAAUGCAAUCUUGCUAGCACAAAAUGCUGUUGCAGAUAGUUAUUUCUGUUCUACCACUGUAAAUGCUAUUGAGCUUUGUUCUGUUUUAUGUUAACUUGUUAAUGGCAUUUAGAAAAGCAGUUGUUUCUUUAAAUUUAUUGUGAUAUAUCUAGCGGCCUUUAUAUGCAAAUAAAAUUGCAAGAUUUUUAAAUA